AUGCCCGACGCCAAGGGAACAGAUCCACACCAUACACCAGGGAACAGAUCCACACCAUACACCAGGGAACAGAUCCACACCAUACACCAGGGAACAGAUCCACACCAUACACCAGGGAACAGAUCCACACCAUACACCAGGGAACAGAUCCACACCAUACACCAGGGAACAGAUCCACACACCACCAGGAACAAUCCACACCAUACACCAGGGAACAGAUCCACACCAUACACCAGGGAACAGAUCCACACCAUACACACAGGAACAGAUCCACACCAUACACCAGGGAACAGAUCCACACCAUACACCAGGGAACAGAUCCACACCAUACACCAGGGAACAGAUCCACACCAUACACCAGGGAACAGAUCCACACCAUACACCAGGGAACAGAUCCACACCAUACACCAGGGAACAGAUCCACACCAUACACCAGGGAACAGAUCCACACCAUACACCAGGGAACAGAUCCACACCAUACACCAGGGAACAGAUCCACACCAUACACCAGGGAACAGAUCCACACACCAUACACCAGGGAACAGAUCCACACACACCAUACACCAGGAACAGAUCCACACCAUGCACCAGGAACAGAUCCACACCAUACACCAGGAACAGAUCACACACCAUACACCAGGGGAACAGAUCCACACCAUACACCAGGGAACAGAUCCACACCAUACACCAGGGGAACAGAUCCACCAUACACCAGGAACAGAUCCACCAUACACCAGGGAACAGAUCCACACCAUACACCAGGGAACAGAUCCACACCAUACACCAGGGAACAGAUCCACACCAUACACCAGGGAACAGAUCCACACCAUACACCAGGGAACAGAUCCACACCAUACACCAGGGAACAGAUCCACACCAUACACCAGGGAACAGAUCCACACCAUACACCAGGGAACAGAUCCACACCAUACAGACCUUACAAUCAAAUCUUAUCACUAUAACCUGGACCCAAAAAUGAACGUAUCUAAUUAA